UAAUGUGAUAAGCCAUGGGCCAAGGCCCAAGCGCAAACUUGAAAGUCCAGCCCAGUAGAUGAUAGUAAUAGUUGGUCUCUGCCACCUCUCUCCCUCCGAGCGGAGACUGGGUAGUAAAUAGUGGUACCGAGAUACCCGCGUGUCAGCGUUGCAAUUCUACGCCGUGCCAGAGAGAGAGAGAGAGAGAGAGAGAGAGAGAGAGAGAUGGGAAACUGUUUUGUUACGUGCGUCAGCCAGGCGAGCAUAGGCGUCGUCGAGAGAUGGGGUCGUUUCGAGAGGUUGGCCGAGCCAGGUCUCCACUUCUUCAACCCUUUCGCCGGAGAAUGCCUCGCCGCCGUUAUAUCUACAAGGAUCUGCUCCCUUGAUGUCCGCAUCGAAACCAAAACCAAGGAUAACGUUUUUGUUCAAUUACAAUGCUCAAUUCAAUACCGGGUCGUUAAAGAAAAUGCUGAUGAUGCUUAUUACGAGUUGCAGAACCCCAAAGAACAGAUUCGGGCUUUUGUAUUCGAUGUGGUUCGAGCUAUUGUCCCUCGGAUGACCUUGGAUGAGCUAUUUGAACAAAAGGGUGAGGUUGCCCAAUCUGUGCUGGAAGAACUUGAGAAGGUUAUGGUGACAUAUGGAUAUAACAUAGAGCACAUGCUCAUGGUUGACAUUGUACCCGAUUCUCAUGUGCGCACAGCAAUGAACGAGAUUAAUAAAGCUGAAAGGCUCCAACUUGCAAGUGUAUACAAGGGAGAAGCAGAGAAGAUUCUCCAAGUUAAGCGGGCGGAAGCUGAAGCUGAAUCGAAGUACUUGGGAGGAGUCGGUGUUGCAAGGCAGAGGCAGGCGAUCACAGAUGGCUUGAGAGAGAACAUAGUGAACUUCUCUCACAAAGUUGAAGGCACUUCAGCUAAGGAGGUUAUGGAUCUUAUCAUGGUCACUCAGUACUUUGACACCAUUAAAGACCUUGGCAGUUCGUCAAAUAACACUACUGUGUUUAUACCCCAUGGUCCUGGUCAUGUUAGGGACAUUGGUGAGCAGAUACGUAAUGGACUUAUGGAGGCAAACAGCGCCAAACUCAAUACUGAUUAGUUUUUUUUUUCGCAUUUCUCAACUUUUAUGGAGUACAGAAUUUUUAUUUGUCUUACUUUUUGUGGUUGAAAUUCAACGUAGGUAUGACUAUACAAGUUAUCAUAAAUAAUAGUACGUUGAUAUAUGAUUUCCAAAGGUACUUUGGAACGUGUAAAUUUUUGAAACAAUUGCAAAUAAUAGCCUUUAAGUUAUAAUAUUUUGCAUCA